AUGUCCACCAAGACCUACGAGAACAAGGCCGCGCCCGGCGUGCCCUUCUUCACGCCCGCGCAGGAGCCCCCCGCGGGCACGGCGCUCAACCCGCAGCCCGAUGGCAAGCCAAUUCCGAAGCUAUUCACUCCGAUCAAGAUUCGGGAUCUGGAAUUACAGAACCGCGUUUGGCUCUCCCCGCUGUGCCAGUAUUCGUCGAUCAACGGGCACGCGCAGCCGGAUGGCUGGCACUUGGCACAUUUGGGUGGAAUCAUCAGCCGCGGACCAGGCCUCUCCAUCAUCGAGGCUGCUGCUAUCUCUCCUGAAGGGCGUAUCACCCCGCACGAUGUUGGCAUAUGGGAGGACUCCCAGAUCGAGCCCUUGAAGCGCCUCACUGCCUUUGCGCACGGCCAGAACCAGAAGAUCGCCAUCCAGAUCGCUCAUGCUGGUCGCAAGGCCUCCGCUGUGGCUCCCUGGCUUCACGCGAACGCUAUCGCUACCAAGGAACAGGGCGGCUGGCCGGACGCCGUCAUCGCCCCCUCCCCCAUCCCCUUCGAGCCGGGCGUCAACCCCGUCCCGAACGAGCUCACCCUCGACGGCAUCAAGACCAUCGUCGCCCAGUCCGCCGCCGCCGCGCGCCGCGCGGUCAAGGCCGGCUUCGAUGUGAUCGAGAUCCACAACGCGCACGGGUACCUCCUCAUGUCCUUCCUCUCGCCCAUCUCGAACAAGCGCACGGACGCGUACGGCGGCUCGUUCGAGAACCGCGUGCGCCUGACGCUCGAGGUCGUCGAUGCCGUGCGCGCGGCGAUCCCGGAGGGCAUGCCGUUGUUCCUGCGCAUAUCCGCGAGCGACCGCGUCGAGGCGAAGAAGGACGAGUACCCGGAGAGCUGGACGAAUGAGGAUACGAUCCGGCUUGCGGGCUUGCUGGCGGAGCGCGGGGUGGACCUGCUCGACGUUAGCAGCGGCGGCGUUGCGUUGAAGCAGGACCUGAGCGAGCAGGGCGCGCAGCAGCGGUUCGCGAAGGAGGUGAAGGCGGCGUUGGGCGACAAGAUUCUUGUUGGCACCGUCGGCGGGAUCGUCAAUGGCAAGCAGGCCGAGGACAUCCUCCACGACACGGGCGCGGACGUUGCGCUUGUGGGCAAGCACUUCCAGAAGAACCCGGGUGCGGUAUGGCAGUUCGCCGAGGAUCUGGGGACGCAGAUCUACGUCGCGCAUCAGAUUGAGUGGGGCUUCUUUGGUCGUGGCACGUCGCGCAGGGACCUUUCCUCCAAGUAA